AUGGUGUGUAGACAUGAAGGUUCGAAAGAAGAUGUUAAAGUCAAAGAUGUUGACCAAGGUGCAAAGAAACAAAAGAGAAAGCGUUUGUCUUCUAGGGCGCAUUGUAUGGCUCGUGUUGGUUAUCGAAUCGCAGUUGGGAUUGACUAUGAGAUUUAUAAAUUCAUUGAAGGUCACACGCAUAAGUUGGCUUCCGAAGGGUAUCAUCAUUUGUUGAAAGUUCAUAGGAAUCUUGAUUAUGGGCAUCAAUUUUUCAUGGCUAAAUGUUUUAAGGCUAAUAUAUGUGCAGUUCGUUCCUUCAAGAUUUAUUCUGAGUUAGUAGGUGGUGUGGAUGAUGCAGGCUGCAGGAAGAUUGACUUUAAAAAUCAUUCUCGUGAUGUGAAGUCAUGGGCCAAUGGAGUUGAUGUCGAAAUCUUACUUGAAAAGUUUAAGCGAAAGCGUUCUGCAAAUAAUGCUGUAUCAAUUGAGAACUACAAAAUUUUUGGACAGACAAUAUCAUUUGAUGCAAUGUAUAACACGAAUAGGUAUAGUUUGAUCUUCACUCCCUUCACGGGUAAAGACGAUCAAGGAAGGUGUGUUACUUUUGGAGCUGGAUUGAUUUCACGCGAGGAUGAAGAAUCAUAUUCUUGGAUUUUGUCUACUUUUGUGAAGUGCAUGGGAUCGCAGCCUACUAUGAUAAUUACGGAUCAAGAUCUUGGUAUGAGAGCAGCUAUUGCCAAGUUGUCUGUGCCUUUAAGGGAUGAUCCUGAUUUUAAAUUGAGAUUUGAUGAAGUUGUUUGGAGUGAUGCAUAUGAGCCUAACUUGCACAUGAGUGCUUUGUUCAGAACAACAUCAUUGUCUGAGAGUGAGAACAACUUUUUCAAACGUCACUUAAAUAAGCAUGCAAGUUUAAGUGAGUUGUAUGUGUUGUUUGAGACGGCUAUUGAAACUCAACGUCAUGAUCAUGAUGCAUUAAGUUUGGCUGAUGAGACAUCUUUCCCUGAGUUACGUACAAUACUGGAUAUUGAGAAGCAUGCUGCUACUGUAUAUACUAAUAAUAUUUUCCUAGAGGUUCAAAAGGAAAUCCAAUAUGUAUCUGCAUAUUGUACUAUACCUAAAUGCAUAGAUGACAAUGAGGGACACAUAUAUGAUGUGGAUGACGAUGCAGUUGUUGCACGCAAUUUGAAGUUUAAAGAAAUCCCGGAAAAAUACAUUGUCUACAGAUGGACAAAGAAUGUGUCAUCAAUCUUCAGAAAGGUAGGUCAAAAUCGUUUUGGUUCAUCAACUAAUAAUUGCGAAGCAAAUGCAGAUGGUUUGGUUUCUUUGGCUUUGAAUUGCAUUGGAAUUGUGGAGGGUAAUGUUGAAGCGAUUCAAUCUUUGAGGAAGAUGUUGCAAGAUUUUUUAGAUGAACAAUCCAAAAAGUCAUGUAAUGCAUCUUCAUCUUCUUUUAAAGAAAGAUUGAUUGAGAAUUUCUAUGAUUGA